CAAGUUGAAUGUCAUCGUGUGACACGGACGGGGAGGCUAUCGGGGAUAUCAAUUUCUGAAACCUAGCACUUUAGUCAGUCACCCGCGAUUGAGCUCCGCGCACAGAAUGAAGUCAACAUUGCAUCUGGCGCUACAAUUCGCCGUCUUAUUAUUUUAUUUCAAUGAAGUGACUCCGUUAAAUAUUCUCGGCAUUUUCCACCAUCCGGGCAAAAGCCAUUUCUUCGUGUUCGAGCCGUUCUUAAAAGAAUUGGCUAACAGAGGGCAUAAUGUGACAGUCGUAUCUCAUUUCCCCCUAAAAACGCCGCUGAAAAACUACCGGGACAUAAGUUUGGCGGGAAAAGUGAAAGUUAUUGAAGAUGUGUUUCCUAUUGAACGUUCUUAUUUAACCCUCAUGAAAAUCAGUUCUUUCCUUGUGAAGACUGGCAACACCAACUGUGAGCUGAUGCUGGAAGAUGAGCAGGUGCAGAGCUUGUGGAAGACCAACACUAAGUUUGAUGUAGUGGUUACUGAACUGUUCAACAGUGACUGCCCAUUGGGUAUAGCGUACGGGCUAAAGGCUCCCGUUGUUGGUUUAACUUCGGAUGCCCUGUUACCGUGGCACUACAAAAUGUUUGGGGUUCCGUUCAAUCCUUCGUACGUGCCUUUCAUAUUGACGGAUGGGGGCAGCCGGCCGACGCUAUUCCAACGUGUAGAAGCUACAGUUGUCGACUUGUACUUCAAUUUUAUCUACAAAUACUUCAGUCAGAGGCCAACCCGGGCAAUGCUUCUGCCCCACUUCGGUGACGUUCCAGACUUAGAGGAAUUAGGGAAAGAUAUCAAAAUAGGACUCGUAUAUCAUAAUUUUGUUAUGACUGGGUCCAGACUAUUCCCUGCUAAUAUUAAAGAGGUUGGAGGAUACCAUGUUGCUAAGCCGAAGCCGUUACCUGACGCUCUUCGCAAGUUCAUCGAAGAAUCGGAGCACGGUGUAAUUUACAUCAGUUUUGGAUCAAUGUUGCAGUCGAAAUCUUUGCCAAAAGAAAAACUGGAUGCGAUAUUAGGAGCAUUAUCUGAACUCCCCCAACGCGUUGUGUGGAAAUACGAAGGGUCUACCCUUCCUGGAAAUCCCGAGAAUAUUUUCAUAUCGGAUUGGCUGCCGCAAAAUGACAUAUUAGCGCACCCGAAGGUCUUAGCGUUUUACUCCCACUGUGGCAUGCUGGGCACCACAGAGGCUAUGUACCAUGGAGUUCCCAUGGUUGGGAUGCCGAUCUUUGGAGACCAGCCCUCAAACGCGGCAGCCGUUGAAGAGAGCGGCCUUGGACUAAGAGUUCAGUUUUGGGAUCUUACCAAAGAAAAACUGUUGGAAACGUUGAAACAAAUUUUGAGGCCUGAGUUUAGAGCAAAUGUGAAGCGGAUAUCCCGCGCGUGGCACGACCAGCCCUCGUCUCCCAUGGACAGCGCCAUCUUCUGGACGGAGUACGCGGCGCGACACACCAACAUCACCUACAGAACUAGAGCGGCAGACGUGCCCACCUAUCAAUACCUCAAUUUAGAUAUUUUAAGUGUGCUCAUUGGAGUUCCUUUAGCUUUAAUGUUUGUAGUGUAUAAAAUUUGCUGUUCGAACUCGAAAAGAACUGUAAAAAAUGUGAGUAAUGGUAAGUCGAAGUCUAAACGGGAAUAAUAAAAAAUAUAUAACUUA